UGGCUUCAAAUGGAAGAAUUCCUUUCCAAAAAAAAAAGUUAAAGGGCGAAAAGAAAAAGGGCCCGACUUGCGCUAUAAGUCAGUUUGGGACUCCAUAACUGUGAUCGACAGAGAAGAAUCUCCUUCCUCCUGCGCCUUGACAUCCCCUAGGCUGAUUUCUUCUCGCGGGCACAGUUGUUGGGUUUCUAGGGUUUUUGGGUUUCUCAGAGAUUUCCAAGUUCUACAGCAAUGGAUCUGAAUCUGGACGCUCCCCACUCCAUGGGAACGACCAUCAUCGGCGUCACCUACGAUGGCGGUGUCGUCCUCGGAGCCGAUUCCCGCACCAGCACAGGGAUGUACGUUGCGAACCGAGCUUCGGAUAAGAUUACGCAGCUCACUGAUAAUGUCUAUGUUUGCCGCUCUGGAUCGGCCGCUGAUUCGCAGGUUGUCUCUGAUUACGUUCGCCACUUCCUUCAUCAACAUACGAUUCAGCUGGGGCAACCUGCGACUGUUAAAGUUGCUGCCAAUCUCAUCAGGCUUCUCUCUUAUUCCAACAAGAACAUGUUGAAAACUGGUCUAAUCGUCGGUGGCUGGGAUAAAUACGAAGGCGGGAAAAUCUACGGAAUUCCUCUUGGUGGAACCGUAGUAGAGCAACCUUUCGCCAUUGGAGGCUCUGGUUCGAGCUAUCUCUAUGGUUUCUUUGAUCAAGCAUGGAAGGAAGGAAUGACCAAGGAAGAAGCUGAGCAACUGGUUGUGAAGGCAGUAUCACUUGCCAUUGCACGCGACGGUGCUAGUGGAGGCGUUGUCCGCACUGUCAUAAUAAACUCGGAGGGAGUGACUAGAAACUUCUACCCGGGAGACAAGUUGCCGCUGUGGCACGAAGAGUUGGAGCCUCAGAACUCGUUGCUGGACAUCUUGAACACGGCCAGUCCCGAGCCAAUGGCAAUGUAAUGCAAGAAUUUGUGAUUGUGAUCACUUCUUCAGGUUUUACAUUUCCAAUGUUAUAAAUCCUAGUCUGAACUCUCUGUUUUGGAAACACACUGUUGUCCGGACGCCCUGCCUUGUCCGAUGGAUAUAUAUAUAUAUAUAUAUAUAUAUAUAUAUAUCACUGUUGCUUUGUUUUGUUCCUCAAUGUAUGGAGAUAUCAUAUAAAGAUAAAAGCGUAGACCUGGCAA